AUGUUCGAUCCGUUCAACAUUUUUUUCAAAGGCUCUCGAUAUUGGCUCAUUAAAAGUAUUGUGAAAUUACUAACAUCUGGAACUCGUCGAGUCGAGUUUGCUGAUUUCUGGAUGGGAGAUCAAUUUUGCAGUCUUGUAGUCACAGUAUCUGACCUCUACCUCUUUGCCUGCGCAUACGCUGUUGGAUUUGAAAAAUGGCGCAAGUGCGGCUCGACAGCAAAAACUUGGCCCGCGGUUUUCAUUCUAGCUAUGCUUCCUUUUCUGAUUCGUGUCGUUCAAAGUAUCAAACGUUAUGUUGACUCGAGGUUAAACACUCAUUUAAUUAACGGUGGCAAAUAUCUAUGUGGGAUCAUUUAUUAUCUAUCUUACUAUAUCUGGAGACAUCAAGGAAGUCUCCGAAAUACGAGUUUUGCUUUCUGGUGUUUAUUUGGUACCCUCUAUUCCGUUUAUGCGUCGGCCUGGGAUUUUUGGAUGGAUUGGUCUCUUUUCCGACCCCAUGUGAAGUAUCCCUUGCUUCGCGCCGAAUUACUUUACACAGACCAUAUACCUCUUUAUUAUUUUGCUAUUAUAUCCAAUACUCUGAUACGAUUCAUCUGGGUGAUUUAUAUCCCUUCAAGUUCAGCGUCUAACAUGUACCUACGCUUUUUUAUCGCUGGCUUUCUGGAAAUGCUUCGACGAUGGCAAUGGAAUUUCAUUCGCUUAGAGAAUGAACAUCUGGGUAACAUGGAUCAAUAUCGAGUGACUCGAGAAGUCCCCCUUCCGUAUUCAUUUGACGAUAACCACCACCAUAUCGGUGACAGUGAUGAUGAUUAG